UUAGAAAGCAAAAAAAGAAGAAGCUCUUCUAUUGUGCAGGAAAAAUGGGCAUCAAACAACUUGGUGUUUCUCUUUCUCUCCCUCUCCUUGUGAUCUCAGUAGCAAUUUUUCAAUGUGGGAUGGCUGCCAACGAGACUGGGAAGGCCCUAAUAACCAAAACUUGUGGUGGCACCGCCUUUCCCGACGUUUGCACCACAACUUUGGAGUCGGAUCCUCGGAGUUCGAGUGCGGAUCUCAAGGGCCUUUCUAGGAUUGCCUUGGAGUUGAGCAUAGCCAAAACAAAUGAGACUGCAGGAGUGGCCUAUUACUUGCUGAACCAUGCAUCUGGCUAUGCAACAUGGGCAGAGCGCUCAGCCUGUUUCCAUGGUUAUAACAUGAGCAUCAACAAAAUUAAAGAGGAGGGUCUCCCAUCUUUUGACCAGGGGAAGUAUGAUAAGGCAUAUCAAAGUGUGGAUCUUCUUAAUCAAGAAGCUGCUCAUUGUAGCACCUUCAACAUACCAGAGUUGACUGAAAAAAAUACAUUGUUAUCCAGGUUUUCCACUGAUGUAAAGACCAUUUUACAUCUCCUUUUCUGAU